GCUUUGACAAGUCUGCUGCUUCAGCUGUGCUGUGUGGGCCGUGGACGCUGUGGGAAGGUCUUGGUGUGGCCCUGUGAAAUGAGCCAUUGGCUCAACCCUAAAGAUGAUUCUUGAGGCACUCAUCUGCUCACAAUAUUUUAGUGCAUUGUUGAAAAUCCUCAGCACUGAAUUUCAAGGUGAUCCAAAUGCCUUAUGACAGAGAGAGUGAAAUGAAGGAAAUGGAAGACUUUUUAGACCUACUUGUGAAUAUCAUUCCAACACUGCCAUUCUGGCAAGCAGCAAGCACAUUCCAAGAACUCUUUCUUAACAACACUGGAAAAUUUGAAAUGCUCUGUAGGAGUGCAGUCUACAAUAAGUCACUCAUGAUGAAGCUCCAGGAAACCAAGUCUGAUGUAAUGGUGAUCGACACUGUCAUUCCCUGUGGAGAGUUCCUGGUUGAGUUGCUUGAGAUCCCUUUUGUGCCUACACUCAGGGUCUCUAUAGGCAACACCAUAGAGAGAUACUGUGGGCAACUCCCAGCUCCACUUUCCUAUGUACCUAUGGCCUUGGGAGGACUAACAGACAGAAUGACCUUUGUGGAAAGGGUGAAAAAUAUGAUGCUUACAUUUUUCUUUGAUUUUUGGCUUCCACAAUAUGAUGUCCAUUUGGGGGAUCAAUUUUACAGUGAAGUAUUAAGAAGACCCACAACAUUUUGUGAAAUUGUGGGCAAAGCUGAAAUUUGGCUAAUCUGAACAUAUUGGGAUUUUGAUUUCCCUCACCCAUACUUACCCAAUUUUGAGUUUGUUGGAGGAUUGCACUGCAAACCUGCCAAACCUUUACCUAAGGAAAUAGAAGAAUUUGUGCAGAGCUCAGGACAAGAUGAUGUGGUGGUGUUUUCUCUAGGCUCCAUGAUCAAAAACUUGACAGAAAAGAAAGCCAAUAUCGUUGCCUCAGCCCUUGCUCAAGUUUCACAGAAGGUUUUAUGGAGAUACAAUGGAAAGAUGCCAGCAACAUUACGAUCUAAUACUCGUCUCUUUGACUGGAUACCCCAGAAUGAUCUUUUGGGGCAUCCCCAAACCAAAGCUUUUAUCACUCAUGGUGGAACUAAUGGGAUCUAUGAAGCUAUAUAUCAUGGGAUCCCAAUGGUAGGAAUCCCCAUGUAUGGUGACCAGCUUGACAACAUUGCUCACAUGAAGGCCAAAGGAGCAGCUGUGGAGGUGAACAUGAACACCAUGACCAGUGCAGACUUGCUUGGGCCCUUGAGGACAGUUGUCAAUGAUCCUUUUUAUAAGGAAAGUGUGAUGAGGUUAUCGAUAAUUCACCAUGAUCAGCCAGUGAAGCCUCUGGAUCGAGCUGUCUUCUGAAUCGAGUUUGUCAUGCGCCACAAAGGAGUCAAGCACCUUCGGGUUGCAGCCCACGAUCUCACCUGGAUCCCGUACCACUCCCUGGGUGUGAUUGGCUUCCUGUUGGCCUGUGUGACAGUUCCUGGUUGUAAAGUGAUGCUUGUUUUCUUGUGGAAAUGCGGUAAAGCAGGAAACAAGAAAAAAAGAGAAUAG